AAUAAAUGUUUUAGAUUUAUUUUAGUUAAAAAAUAUAUUAAUAAAUUAUUCUAUGAGAUGCGAGUGAAAAGCUGAAAAUAUCAAACUAGAAGACGGAUUUGUAUUAAGCAUAGAUUUAUAGCACAAGACCUUACACUUUUUCUCUAAUUAUUAAAGAAAAAUGUUACCUAUAUUCAUCAGACCAAUUACAGUAGACGUGACUAUACAAUAGUGUUAUUUUUAAGGAUGAUGUAAGACCGGUUCCUAUUAAAUUAAACUUUGUAAAUAAUUAUUGUGAAAUAAGUAGAUGGUAAUUACGUUAAAGAUUAUGAAAUAAUCGAUAUAACCUCACUCUCACUGCGCAAAUGAAAAUUUUGAUAAUAUUUCAGUGAAAAAUUACAAGUUUGGCGCAUUUCUAAACUUAUCCGUUGUUUAAUCGUUUUUAUCCAUCCAACACGUGUUUUUUUUUUUCAAAUUAUAAUAAGUGCCACAAUAAUGUCGAACAAAAUGCUGAUAAUAGGGAUCAGUGGUGUAACUUGCGGGGGCAAAACCACAUUGGCCAACGAACUAAAUCAGUUACUUCCCAAAAGCAAAUUAAUUUCACAGGAUGAUUAUUUUCUUGAUGUUGAUGAUCCACGCCACAUAUGGAUAUCCGAAUUAAACCAUAUCAAUUUUGAUAUCCUAUCAAGCCUUGAUAUGGAAAAAAUGGACCAUGAUAUCCAUGAGAUGAUAAGGAACAAAAAACGUCUUGAAAGUAGUAACACCAAAACUAACGGGUUAAAAAAAAUCAGAAGCUCUGAAGAAUUGAAGAAUACUACAAUAGAAAAAAUAAACCGUACGGGUUUGGAGGUUUUAAUCCUGGAAGGAUUUUCAAUAUUUAAUUACAAACCGUUGCGAGAAUUGUUUCACUUGAAAUAUUUUUUUACUCUCCCUAAAGACGAAUGCUUCACCAGACGCGAACAACGGGUUUAUGAGCCUCCAGAUUGUCCUGGGUAUUUUGAACUGUGCGCCUGGCCCGAACACAUAAAACAGAAGGAAGAGGUGGAGAACGAAGUUGAAGGAGUGCGAUAUUUCGAUGGACGCUCAAACAACGCCUUAGAAGAAGUACUUUGUGAUAUUGACAGUAUUUUUUAAUUUAUAAAAUUGUGAUUGCGACAUUCCUGGUAGAAAUAUACUGAUGUAGCAAGUA